AGUAUGACAUAUCGAGAAUCGACUAUUGAGUAUCCACCACGCGUUCAUUUAAUCUAACCCUAACCUCAACUGACACUUUUCCUGCAAUCCAAGCCGGACAGAUUAUUUUUGUUAGUUAGUUUAAUAAAAUAAAGUCAAAAUGGUUGAAUCUAUGAGACAAAGCAUCGCUGAUAUGAUCAAGGGCAUCGAAAGAUACAACCCCGAUCACUUGCCAACAUUGGAGCAGUAUGUUGAUAUCCAAACACGGGAAAAUGCCUACGAUUUAGAAGCAAACUUAACUGUGCUUAAAUUGUACCAAUUGAACCCGCACAGCUUAAAGAACGAUGUUACUGCUCAGAUUUUGUUGAAAGCUCUCACCAAUUUACCUCACACUGAUUUUGUUUUGUGUAAAUGUCUUUUGAGUGAAAAGAUUAUGCAAGAAGAUCUUAUCAAUCAAGUUAUUUACUUGGGAGACAUUUUGGAGCGUUGUGAGUUCCAGCAUUUCUGGGAAAGAAUGUCUCAGAUCCCCAUGACUGAACUUUGCGACCGGAUCGUUGGAUUCAAAGACUCGAUAAGGAAAUUUGUGUGUCACGUGGUUGGAAUUACCUUCCAGACUAUUGACAAGGGUCUUUUAGCUCAAUUGCUUGGUGACAUUGACGAUGGAACUUUGAAACACUGGGUGAAGAAAUACGGCUGGCAAGAGCAGAGUAAAAAUGUCAUUUUCAUCGCUAACCAGGACGAGAACAUCAAAACUAAAAACAUCACCGAGAAAAUAGAUUUCGAGAAUGUCGCUGGACUUAUGGCUGCUUGUCUCUAAAGACUUUUUUAUUAAAACUAAAAUUUUGUAUUAAAUUUAAAACUUCAGUACGUAUAACAUCAAUUGAUAUAAAUAAUUACUUUUAAUGAUUUAUACCAACAAUUAUUAACAAUAAAUUAAUUAAAUCGGA